AGAAUUUCAGGUAGCCCAACUCCUAAUAUCAUGCCAAUAAUCACCUUGGAAUGUUCAAAUGUGCCAGUAUUUCUCAAUCAGAAAGCAUGCAGCAACAGUGCCAGAUGUCUAAUUCUAUUAUAUAACUUUAUGUUUUGGGGCAAGGGGGCAGGAAAAAUAGGAGACUCAAGAAUUACCAGCCGAGCACAAGAAAAAGAAAUUCCUUUCCCUUUGUUCUUCAUAAUUGCUGACCUUCCAAUAAACAUAGAUUGUUCCAUGUUUAUUGAGUUCCAAUCUCCCAAUUACAUGUUCAAAGGUCAAGUUGAUUGAACACAAGCCUUAGAAGGCAUGGCUGGGUUGGAAUCAAGAUAGAUCAGUCAGAUUUUUCAUAAGAAAAACUAUGAACUAAAGUACCAGUAAUGGACCUAGGCAUUUUAUCUUAUUCAAGGCUUAAACUCAUUUAAUUGUGUUCAAUCGAGGGCUGUGACAUAGCAGAUAACCAUUCUAAAUAAGUGUAAUAGUGACAAGAAAAGCACAAUUCUGGAAUGUAUACAUACUUCUUAAGGGGUUGUGGCUUUCUCUCAAGAGUAUCACGAGAGCCAGUAUACUGCACAUAUAGGAUGAGGAGUUUAAUGAUAACCUGUUUUCAUAAUAUCUGAGGGCUUGAAAAGUCUACAAAAGCAAAAAGUUAUUUUAAGAGAAUAAUAGAGCACCUUAGGUGGAAUAGCGGCAGCCACUAGACUAUUUUGCUUGAGAGUCUUUAGGCUACCAACAAUUGCUUGCAAGGUAACUAAAUCAUGAAGACAAAGGCUCUUUUUGCAAGCUGACAAACAUGUGGUAAUCUAAAACAAAAAGUACAGCCAAGUUAACAAAAAGAUAUAAACAGGUCCCAUUUAAUUGUGGAAGAAAGAAGGAUGAGCUUUUAGUAUACUUUACUGCUUACUAUGAUAGCCAGAAAAAUUAAACAUGGCAUUUAAAUUGGACUGUUGCAUAUUCUGGGAUUCCAUGUCAAUUGAAUACAUACCUGUAUUUCUUUUGUGAGGGAGUUCUGAAGCUCAUUCUGUACUUUGAACAGAGAUGCUAUCGUUUGUUUUGGUAAGGUUGAGACCAACAAGAAAAGCUACUUAACUUAUCUAGAUUCAUAUCAUUUCCAAGUAGAUCUGAUAUAGAUUUCAUGCCUUCAUCAAGGUUUGUUUCGAUAUCUUCAAGUCCCUUGUUUUGUUUAACAUGUAAGACAAUUGCAUAAAAUAUUCUUUGGUGGCUUUGGCAUACCAAUUAAAAAACCAGCCAUAGUAUUGCUGCUGUUACCAUUAGCUGCAGUGAGGCAUCCUCAGCAAUCAACUUCUGCCAUAUCCCAUCUGCUGAAGUAAAUUUGUGAAGAAACUUUAUUAACUAAUACAUCAUACAUAUUUCAAAACUCUUGUCUAUCUCAGUCCUUUACAAAACCAAAAUGAAGGAUAUUCAUUAUU